UGGCUGAACAAGAUAGCUCGCUCACAAGAAUCCUUAAGAGUUGAGAUAUGUAUAAGAAGUUACCUCAAGAUUUAUAUGAUGAAAUGAGUUCUAAAACCUCAUCAAGACUGGUAAUAAUCAUCAUAAUUGUAUUUUUGUGUCUAUCAGAGAUAUCCACAUAUCUUUCUCCUGAAUUUGUAUCCGACUUGCAAGUUGACAUUAGCAAACAGUCAGAAUAAAAAUCCAUAUUAACAUUGAUAUUGACAUGCCUAAACUUCCAUGCCACAUAAUUUCAGUAGACGUAGAAGACGCUAUAGGCUCUCAUGUGCAAGACAUCGAAGGAACCCUCAAAAAGAAUGUUAUUGACAGCAGAGGAAACAUUAUAGAAGUGAUUGACCCCAAGGCCAGGGCUCACGACCCCAUGGAGGUCAUGGCCAAGACUCUUGAGGAUAUAGACAAUCAAAAGGGAUGUAAGCUGAAAGGUACUUUGAUCGUAAACAAAAUUAAUGGAAAUUUUCAUAUAUCUAGCCACUCUUAUGCUGAAGCUGUCAUGUUAGUUGUUCAGAAAAACAAACUUCUAGAUUUUGAGCAUAAGAUCAACCAUCUCAGCUUUGGAGAUGAGGAUCAUAUUUCAAAGAUAAAGCAGCUAACUGGUGGAUAUAACCUUUCUCCAUUGGAUAAGAUAGGAGAGUCUAUUCAUCCUAGCAACCAUGGAGGUCAUUUGCACCAUACUUAUACUACUUAUUAUCUCGAUAUCAUGAAAACAAGAUAUUUCGUUGGUGCAGAUGAGGAGUAUUCAGCUCAUGAAUAUACAUAUUCCAUGCAGACCAUAAAUACUCACAGUUUUCCAGCAAUAUUUGUGAAAUUUGAGCUAUCUCCAUUAUUUAUCAGCUACAGAGUAACUGAGAACCCAUUUAUUAUUUUCUUCAUUAGAUGCUGAGCCAUCAUUGGAGGCGUCAACACAAUUGCAGGAAUUAUCAAAAUCUUGAGGUCUGAUUCCAGUAAACAGAGCAAGAAAAAGAAUGAGCAAGGCGGUGAUAAUGUUGGGGAUUCAUCAGUAGACUCUCUUCACUCUUAAUAACACCUGGCUG